AUGGGAGUGUCGAUUUUUGCGUCGUGCCUGUCGGACCAGUGUCGGCCCGGCGCAGCCCAAGUCGCGCCGCAAAAUGACGAGGUGAUCCAGGUUGACUUUUCACAAAUCAAGGUGUCUCCCUUCCAAGAGGAGGAUGCUGACUCUGCGCCGCGCUUGGACACGCAGCUUUCCGCUUAA